AUAAGAGUUUUUUUUUUUUUCUCUACCAAGCCAAACUAGCAAGACGCAGUCAGGAACGAGACAAUCUUGGCAUGCUGGUCUGGUCGCCUAAUCAAAACCUAUCAGAAGCAAAAUUGGAUGAAUAUAUCGCCAUUGCUAAAGAGAAGCAUGGGUACAACAUGGAACAGGCUCUUGGGAUGCUCUUUUGGCAUAAGCAUAAUAUUGAAAAAUCAUUGGCUGAUUUGCCCAACUUUACCCCCUUCCCAGAUGAGUGGACUGUGGAAGAUAAAGUCUUGUUUGAGCAAGCCUUUAGUUUUCAUGGGAAAACUUUCCAUAGAAUCCAACAAAUGCUUCCUGAUAAGUCUAUAGCGAGCCUGGUGAAAUUUUACUACUCCUGGAAGAAGACAAGGACCAAAACCAGCGUGAUGGACCGCCACGCUCGGAAACAGAAGCGGGAGCGGGAGGAGAGUGAGGAUGAACUUGAAGAAACAAAUGGAAAUAACCCCAUUGACAUUGAGAUUGAUCAAAACAAGGAAAGCAAAAAGGAGGUGCCCCCUACUGAGACAGUUCCUCAGAUCAAAAAAGAGAAGCAUAGUACACAAGCCAAAAACAGAGCAAAGAGGAAACCUCCGAAAGGAAUGUUUCUUUCUCAGGAGGAUGUAGAGGCUGUUUCUGCCAACGCUACUGCUGCUGCCACAGUGCUGCGACAGCUGGAUAUGGAGCUGGUUUCAAUCAAGCGACAGAUUCAGAACAUUAAACAGACGAACAGUGCCCUCAAAGAGAAACUUGAUGGUGGAAUAGAACCAUAUCGACUUCCAGAGGUCGCUCAGAAGUGCAACGCCCGGUGGACCACGGAGGAGCAGCUUCUCGCCGUGCAAGCCAUCAGGAAAUACGGCCGAGAUUUUCAGGCAAUCUCAGAUGUCAUUGGGAACAAAUCAGUGGUACAGGUGAAAAACUUUUUUGUAAAUUAUCGACGCCGCUUCAACAUAGAUGAAGUUUUGCAAGAAUGGGAGGCAGAACAUGGGAAAGAAGAAACCAACGGACCCAGUAACCAGAAACCUGUGAAGUCCCCAGAUAAUCCCAUCAAGAUGCCUGAAGAGGAAGACGAGGUUGCUCCUGUUCUUGACGUCAGAUACGCAUCUGCCUCAUGAGAAACUCCGGUAGCUUUGAGCACUUGGUAUGGACAACUGUCCAGGAUUCAGGUAUUACAAGACGUCCCCUAGCCAUCUGCAUCACAUCUCCGUGGACAAGCAGCUAUUACCAAAAAAGGCAUACACUUCCAGUCCUGUGCUCCAUCUGCCUUAAUUCUUUGCUCGUCCCUCCACUUUGGCGCCACUCCCCGGAGAGCUCUGCCGCACCUCUCACUCACUCUGCCUGAGUGUGGGGAACUCCCGUGCCUGCAGCCUCCUGCCACUCUGGGGACUUGGGGACCACCACCUCGGUCGAAGCGCCUGGGCCCCUUCAGCAGCUUCAGAACAGGCAGUCGACUCCGAAGGCACGACUCCGUUCCUGCAUGGCCUGCAAUCUCUACUUUGUGCAUAGUAUCAUUUCAGUAACUGACCCUGUUGGCCUUCUAGAGAGUGCCCCUUGUCCUUUUCUGAGGCAUCCACCUAAGUGGUGUCAUGCUUCUUUGGGAAUCAGAGCAUAUUGGCAGCCUGCAUUAUAACCUCUGUUGUGCCAAACGUCCUGAUAACUCACGUUUCCCUAGAUGUAGGUAUAAUUAUGGUUUAUAAAUUUAGUCGGCUUAAAUCUCUUCCUUCCCCCUCCCCGAGUGGUAGAAAGCUCACCCACAGUGACUGUCCUUGGACACUGUAGCUUAAAGGGAACGUGGACCUCAACACUCUGCCUUCAGCUCUCAGCAUUGUCAUCCCAGGAUGGGCGCCACCCCAUCUUUUCCUGACCCUCUGCCCCCACCCCCAGCUCCAAGAGAUCUGGUCCGUACCACUGUACCUGGUGCUUGUACAUUUGGAAUUGGUGCCUUCUCCUUUUGGCAACCAUGUUAUCAGCCCUUUUUUCUGUUUUAGUGUCUUAUUUCUUCUUUAAGGUUUAUUGCUUGCCAAAGAUGACAUCAUUGAGAUUAGGAGACAGGGGAGAACUUGCUGCAGAUUCUUGACAGAACACGGAUUUUAAACGUCAGGUUAGCGCAGCAAUGAAGGUGUUAGAACAGCUAGUGGUGGUUUUAUGAAAGCUGUGCAUUUGUUCCCCAUCCUCUUGGUGUGCCUGGCCUUCCACCUGUCACUCCAUGCUGGCCUCUGUCCUUCAGACACUGGUGUGAGCACAUGAACGCCACCCUCUCUUCUCACAUCACAGUACAGGACAGAAGUGUCAGUUUAUUGGUUCUAGUGAGACCAAGAUGGAAAGAAACAAUCUCCAAAGUGGUAUGUAAUGCCUUUGGGUUGGACUGGGAACAAGUAAAAAUGUCUAAUAAAUGUUCUGAAACUUCCAGAAUCGCUUCUGUUGUGUUGCCAGACCACCGUGGACUUGCUGAGGGGUUGAGGGCUGUAGACUGUCACACUGCGUUCUCACAUGACGCGGUCCUCACUCCACGGUCAGUUCAGCCUGCACUAAAAACGUCAAAGGAGCUUUUGUUGUUGUUUUUUGCAUCAAUUAAAUAUUUUUCGUAUUUUUAAUACCAAAAAGAAAAAGAAUGCGGAUGCUUUAAGGCAUAAACAGGAUUCUUAAGAAUUUGAAAUAUGCAAUUAAAUUUGAUGUGUUUUGAAUCCCAAGCACCUUGCUUCCCCCCCCCCUCCUUUUUUUGUCUUUUUUGGUGAGCUGAUUUUCUCUUUAGGAAGGGUCAGCAAGAAACCUAGAUUGUUUGGAAUUGUACUUCGUUUCUUAGAAAUCUGGAGAAAGGUCAUUCAAAAGAAUAAGUUGGGACUUGGCCAGUUUUGUCCUGUCCCGGUGCUCGGGUGCCUGCGGGGCCGGGGAGAGCAGGGGAGGAGCAGCACCAGUCACAGUGCGCCCCGCUUGACGACACUAGUAACCGCCUCGGGGUCUUGUUUUUGUCCUAAGCCUGCUGCGUAACUGGACACUGGUAGGAAAAACCUGGGGAGGAGGUGGCGCAAGUUUGCACGUGGCUCGAAGGGGACCCUAGGCCUGAUCUGAAGCUCAUCUCCUCACUUCUCUCCCAGACCGCCGUCCCCCUGGUGGGAGCGGUAGGUGGUUCACCGCUUCACCCCCAGUCUGUUUUCCUUAAGAAUCGGUCUGUGUGGCAGCGCUUGCAGGCUUGAUGCCGGUUCCUGUGCUGCGUGGCAGGCACGCCGGCUCUGCCGGGCCUCUGUCUGUGCUGUGCUCUGUCCCUUUCUCUGUUCCUGGUACCAAGUGGUCUCCAGUCCCGAAGGGUCACUGUGCUAGCGCACUUGGGGUCACAGCGGCUGAGUUCUGGCUUUCUCUUCACGGGGAAGGGGCAUGUCGUUUUCCCCGGCCAGAAAGGAAGAAGAGCUGUCUCGGCCUGACCGCCACCGGUGUAGUUCCAUGCGUAAGGUAGCACUGUGUUUUAAACUGCUUCAUUACACUGUCUUUGCGAUGACGUAAAUGCAAGAAGUCACUUAGCUUUAGAAGCCGAGUGAUGUGGUCUUAUUUAAGGGAAGACCCUUUUUAACAUAUCAAGACUUGGGUGCAUCAGCAGGUUGUAUUGGACGUGUAAGGUCCACAGUGACAGCUGCUUCUGAUGCAGUGUCUUCUUAAACAUUAUCAAUGUGAAUGUCAUAAUUAUAUAUAUUUUUUGUGGAAAAUUUCUCCUAAGUAUAAGUUAUUGUGCAGAAUAUAGUACCAUUGAAGCAAAUGAUAGUUUAACUUUUAGUUUAGAAAUCCUGAAAUAUACAAAUUGUAUUGCAUAUGCAUUAAAAGUUUGUUUUAUUUAAUUUUAUAUAGAUGUGUGAAGUGUCAGGUAAAAGGUUUUUUCACUUACUCAUUUAAACACCUUGUUACUUGAAUAUUGUGUUGACUGGUCUGAAACAGUGAUGGGUUCUGUAAGAUGGCUCUUUUAACCAGGAAGCAGCCAGGCCCCAGCCGCGCUGAUGAGAUGAGUAGCGGCUGCGAGCCUGGUGCUGGGGCGGCCCCGCCCACCCCGGCUGCACUGUUCAGUGCGUUCAUGCCCCCCGGACGCCAGUUCCUCAGGAUGGCUCUGGAUAGUUUUUAACCUGUCGGACCCUUUGAUGGUCAUAAACUUCUAGUCAAAAAA